AAGACGUUGCCUCCCUAGUCAAGACAGCACGCACAAGGUCGUAACUGCAGUUCGGCGCAAACAUGAUGUCUCUUGCUGCCCGGUCAGGGGCAUUUUCCCCUUACAUGCAGGCUACAGCUGUUGCUGUCGCCGGUCCCCUGAAAGCUCUGGUCCCCGGGGUUGUUGUAAAGGGAGAGAAGUUUUCGUUGGACCCAAAACAAAAGUUCCUGUGCCGCGAAUCGCUCAGCGGUCAAAGCCCAAAGACCGGGCCUGCUGUGACGGUUAGCAUCAAUGGCGCCGCAGGAGUCCGAUAUGCCCACACGGACGUCAGGGUACCAGACUUCUCUGACUAUAGGCGCCCAGAGGUGCUCGACCCCAGCAAGUCCUCUCAGGAGAGCAGUGAUUCCAGAAAAGCCUUCUCGUACCUGGUCACCGGCGCCACAACUGUGGUGGGCGUCUACGCCGCCAAAACAGUGGUCACUCAGUUCGUUUCUUCCAUGAGCGCCUCGGCCGAUGUCUUGGCCCUGUCCAAGAUCGAAAUCAAGCUGAGCGACAUCCCCGAGGGUAAGAACAUGACCUUCAAGUGGAGAGGCAAACCGCUGUUCGUCCGUCACCGCACAGAGAAAGAGAUCGCCACAGAGGCCGCCGUGAACAUCGGAGAGCUGCGCGACCCAGAGCACGACAAGGACAGAGUCAUCAACCCUGAAUGGGUCAUCGUCCUGGGGGUGUGCACACAUCUGGGCUGCGUGCCCAUCGCCAACGCCGGCGACUACGGAGGUUACUACUGCCCCUGCCACGGCUCACACUACGACGCCUCGGGCCGCAUCAGGAAAGGCCCCGCCCCCCUCAACCUGGAGGUUCCCUUCUAUGAGUUUCCAGAUGAGGAAACUGUGAUUGUUGGAUAAAUAACACUCCUCAGACUGAGCUCUGGUUGUAUAACAGCUUUCACUCUGUCAGAAGCAUAACGGCUGUCUGUAUGAUACACAUCUGCUCAGUGUGGUGAUGCUUUAGAGCGAAUGUUUCGGUGUAAUGAUGCUGUGUUCACGUCUUAUUGGUUCUGCCAGCUGGGCAAAACUGUUCACAUCAUUUACAACUGGUACAUGUGGAAAUGUUUUGUUCUCUGCUGUGUUUCAAUCAGCGUCACCAUUUUCCCAAACAUGACAGAUGUUGGUCAUCCUCUCUACCUGUUGUUUUUAAUGUAUUGCAAUCACUUUACAUAAUGAAAGCAAGCAGGAGCUGCUGUAUUUUAACAUGCAAACCAUUCAGAAUAUGGUUAGAAGGUUGGAAGAUACCAUCCUUUUUUUUCUUUCCUUGCCCUUGAAUAUGAUGUGAACAUGAAAUUAAAACACCUGCUUAUCUUAUUAAAUUAUAAAUCCAUCUACUAGCAAAGAACAAAUGAGUUCACGUCUGGUUAAUAAAGAUUUCUAUUUUAUUUGA